CUCCUCAGCAGCAGAAGAAGCAGUGAGGUGGUUUAACAGCCUGGAUGUCGGAUCUCAGCUGCUCCACCGCAACAGGUAAAUGAACAGAAUCCACGUGAAUGCGGCUCGGAUCCGAAGUAAAUGCAGAUGACUGAGAGCUGGCCAGCUGAGUAGAGGACUUCCCUCUCUGCCCGUGCUCUCCACCUGCAGCCAUGAAUGGUGCAGCCAGUUCGUGGGCCAUUACUCCGGAGGAGAGGUGCAAACACGACAAACAGUUUGAUACCCUCUCCCCCGUGCUCGGCUAUGUCUCAGGAGAACAAGCGAGGAAGUUCUUCCUCCAGUCUGGUCUGCCCCCGUCUGUCCUGGCUGAGAUCUGGAACCUUGCCGACAUGGAGGGUGACGGGAAGAUGGACAGACUUGAGUUCUCCAUCGCCAUGAAGCUCAUUAAACUCAAGCUUCAGGGCCGGAAUAUGCCCUCUGUCCUGCCUAUCAUCACGAUGCAGCCUCCAGGCUCCAAUUCAAUCCCAACUGCCCCGUCAUCAGCACGUUUUGGAAUGGGUUCUAUGCCAAAUCUGUCUGUUGGUCUGUCCUCCAUGUCGACUAUGUCCACCAUGCCCAUCCUAACACACAUCCCGGGUAACCCCCCCAUGACCUCUGUGCAACCCUUGGUGCCGAUGUCAAGGCCUUUUUCCCUCAUCACCUCCCUGGGAAGCGCCGGACCCCCCAACGUCAAUGUCAGCCUCCUCACCCCGCCACUCGUUCCCAACAAUACAGGGCUCCCUCUCUCCGGCUUCUCUUCACCGAUGGCGUUCUCUCCAACCUCUGGGAUGUCAAAAGCAAACUCUCUUCUGGACCUUGGAUCCAGCAGUUCAAAUUCUUCCUCCACCACGUCGCUGGCCAGUAACUCCCCGAAGACGGGCGCGAGCGACUGGGCCGUCCCUCAGGCGUCCAGACUGAAGUACCGUCAACAGUUCAACACGCUAGACCAGCUCAUGAGUGGCUACUUGUCAGGACCGCAGGUUAGAAAUGCACUGAUGGCCUCAAACCUGACCCAGACUCAGUUAGCUACCAUCUGGACCCUGGCAGACGUGGAUAAGGACGGUCAGCUACGGGCCGAUGAGUUCAUUCUGGCCAUGCACCUGGUGGACAUGGCUAAAACUGGCCGACCUCUGCCACUCACACUUCCUCAGGACUUGGUUCCUCCGUCUCUCAGAGGAGUCAAGUCCAGUGACCUUGUUAAUGGAACAGGGCCCUACAUAGUAUCUCCCUGUUUAAUCGACACGACAGAAAUGGAACCUUCACCGAAAACCAAGAGCAAUGUGUCCUUCGAGGACAAGCUGAAGGAGAACUUUGCACGAGGCAGCGCCGAGUUGGAGAAACGACGACUGGCUCUGCUGGAGGAGCAGAAGAAAGAGAGGGAGCGGAGGGAUCGAGAGGAGAGGGAGGCUCAGGAGAGGAGAGAGAGGGAGGCCAGGGAGCAGGAGAACCGGAGGAGGCUGGAGGAGGAGAGGCGGUUGGAGAGGCAGAGAGAGAUGGAGAGACAGAGGGAGGAGGAGAGGCUGAGGGAGCUGGAGAGGAAGGAGGCGGCAAAGCAGGAGAUGGAGCGCCAGCAGAGGGAGGAGUGGGAGCGAGGGAAGAAGGAGGAGCUGGGACGGAGGAGAGAAGGCGAGCAAGAAGAAAUCUCGCAACUCAGGGCCAAAAAGAGAAAUCUAGAGCUGGAGCUGGAGGCUGUGGGCAACAAGCACAAGCUUAUCUCAGACCGUCUCCGUGACGCUAAGAGCAAGAGGCUCGUUCAGAAGGCCGAGGUGGAUCUCAUCAAUCAGAAGAGGGAUGAACGCAUCACAGAGAUCAACACGCUGCAGCUGCAGUUUGAGGACUGGCAGAUGAAGCUGUCGCAGCUCGUCCCCGAACAACAGAGGCUGACUGAGAAGCUGCGAAACAUCAACCUGAACAAAAUCUCAUCUUGUGCUUUGACCUCUGUGACCUCGAACGUGACGGAGAAAGGCGGGAACUGCCGGAGGCUGAAGGACCAGCUGGACACGCUGGAGAGGGAGACCACAGACAAACUGUCUGAGAUGGAUCAGUAUAACAAGGAGCUUAAGGAGCUGAGGGAGAAGCAGGUGAGGCAGCAGGCCCUCCUGGACGACCUGCACCGAGUCAAAGAGGAGAAGCUGAGGGAGCUGCAGAGGCGCAGGGAAGAGGAGAGAGAGAGGAGGAGGAGGGAGGAAGAGGAGGCAGCCAGACGGGCAAAGCUAGAGGAGGAGCGGAGAGAGCAGGAGCAGAGGGAGCAGGAGAAAAGGGAGAAGGAGAGGCGGGAGAAGGAAGAGGAGGAGGCUCGGCAGAGGAGGCUCCUGGAGGAGCACAGGGCCAGGCAGAGGGAGGAGGAGGAGAGGGAGGCGCAGAUUCGCCUGCGAGCAGCCCAGGAGAAAGCACAAGAGGAGGAGAGGAGAAGGCGAGAGGAGGAGGAGGAAGAGGAGAGGAAAAAAGAGGAGGAAGAGAAGAGGAAAAAGGAGGAGGGAGAGAAGAGGAAAAAGGCGGAGGAGGAAGAAGAUAGAAAGCGGAAAGAGGGGGAAGAGAGGAGGAGGAAAGAGGAAGAGGAGAGAGGACAGCAGUCAACGUCGGUGGGUCAGCAAACAGUCAAGCCGACCCCGUACAGAGCCCUGUACUCGUUUGUUGCCCGCAACAAAGAUGAGCUGAGCAUCGACGCAGAUGGUCUCAUAGAGGUGGAUGAGAAGACUGUCGGCGAGCCGGGAUGGUUAUGCGGGAGUUACCACGGAAACAGGGGCUGGUUCCCCCAGAGUUAUGCCGAGAAAUGUCCGACGGCCUCCGGCACUGAGACGGCCCCCUCUUCCACCGGAAAAAAGUCCUGUCCACCGCCACCACUUAACAAAAGAAUCCUGGAUGUGGAGGCUACAGGUGACAACCCUGCUCCUGUCCAAUCAGAUGCUUCACAGCCCUCUGUCUCUCUGCUGGCUCGUGCCCUCUCGUCGUGGUCGGCCACUUCCGAAACUCACCUCAGCCUCUUCGCCGGCGAAGCCAUCACUGCGCUGCUGAGCUUCUCCCAGGGCGACGUCAUCGGCGUGCUGCAGCAGAGGGACCAGUGGUGGCUGGGCCAGCUCAAUGGGACGCAGGGAUGGUUCCCCAGUAGCUAUGUCACUCUGGAGACAGGUGGCAUCACGGAUGUGGAUGGAUUUGACACAUCCGACUCUGUUCAUCUGGAGGAGUACGUGGCCUUGUACACGUAUGAGAGCCCAGAGCUGGGGGACCUAACGUUUGUGGAGGGGGACGUGGUGAUGGUGACGGAGAGGGAGGGAGAGUGGUGGCGAGGAUGCAUCGGGGACCAGACCGGCGUGUUUCCCUCCAACUACGUCAGACCUGUUGAGCCAGAGCUGUCAAGACCUGGAGCUACAGCCAAGAAGCCUGCGCCUGUGUCUGCUCGGUUGACAGAGAUUGCCCAGGCGGUCACCACCACCGCCACACCAACGACACAUCAGCUGCAUCUGUCUCCGGGGCAACUGAUCGUGGUUCUGGCAAAGAACUCCACUGGCUGGUGGCUUGGGGAACUGCAGGCUCGGGGUAAGAAGCGGCAGAGAGGCUGGUUUCAUUCCUCUCACGUCAAGCUGCUGGGUCCCACCAGCACCAAGCCCUCCCCCUCCCCUCUGCCAGUGUGCCAAGUCAUCGCCAUGUACGACUACGCCGCUGCCAGUCGGGACGAGCUGAGCUUCUCCAAGGGUCAGCUGAUCAGCAUCCUGGACAAGACCAACCCCGACUGGUGGAAGGCCGAAGCCAACGGGGUCACGGGCCUGUUGCCCACCAACUAUGUCAAGAUGACGACAGAGUCCGACCCCAGUCAGCAAUGUUCUCUAGAUCCCUCAUCCAUGUCAGAGCAUGGAGAGAGUGAGGGGUGUGCGGACCUGAUGACGCUGGACACCAUGACCCCUCAGGAGAGGAAGAGACAGGGAUACGUCCACGAGCUCAUCCAGACGGAGGAGACUUAUGUGGAGGACCUAGAGCUGGUACUAGAGGUUUUCUACAAGCCCAUGUCGGAGUCAGGCCGUCUAACAGAAGCUGAGAUGGCUGUGAUCUUUGUUAACUGGAGGGAGCUGAUUAUGUGUAACACAAAAUUUCUGAAGGCCCUGCGGGUCAGGAAAAUGACCGGAGGAGAGAACAUGCCGGUGGAGCUCAUUGGAGACCUGCUGGAGUCAGAGCUCGCGCACAUGCAGCCCUACAUCCGCUUCUGCUCCUGCCAGCUCAACGCCGCCGCCCUGCUGCAGAGCAGAACCUACAACCAGCCCGACUUUAAAAACUUUCUCAAGAAGAUCGCCACUAACUACCGCUGCAAAGGAAUGCCGCUGUCAAGCUUCCUCCUCAAGCCCAUGCAGAGGAUCACACGCUAUCCCCUGAUCAUCAAGAAUAUCCUGGAGCACACCCCAGAGGACCACGUGGACCGCGGGCCCCUGAGGCAAGCUCUGGAGCGAGCUGAGGAGCUGUGCUCUCAGGUCAACGAGGGCGUCAGGGAGAAGGAGAACUCGGACAGGCUGGAGUGGAUACAGAGCCACGUCCAGUGUGAGGGCCCAAUAGAGCACUUGGUGUUCAACUCGCUAACGAACUGCCUCGGGCCCCGCAAGCUGCUCCACAGCGGCCGCUUGUGCAAAACCAAGAGCAGCAGGGAGCUGUGGGCUUUCCUCUUCAGUGAUUUCCUCCUCCUCACACACAGCGCCAAACCCUUCUCUUCCUCGGGAUCAGACAAGCUCUUCAGCCCCAAGACCAACAUACAGCUGAAGAUAUACAAAACACCACUUUUUCUGAAUGAGGUUUUGGUGAAGACGCCCCCCGACCCGUCCAGCGAUGAGCCACUCUUCCAUGUCUCGCACAUCGAUCGCGUCCACGCGCUAAAAACUGAGACCUUGAACGAGAGGGCAACAUGGGUCCAGAAAAUCAAAGCAGCAUCCGAACAUUUCAUUGAAACCGAGAAGAAGAAGCGAGAGAAGGCUUACCAAGCACGUUCCCUGAAGAGCAGCGGUAUCGGACGACUGCUGGUGACUGUCACCGAAGCUCAAGAGCUCAAGGCCUGUAAACCCAACGGUAAGAGUAAUCCGUACUGUGAGCUGACCAUGGGGGCUCAGUGCUACACGUCCCGGCCCGUCAGCGACACUCUGAACCCUAAGUGGAACUUCAACUGCCAGUUCUUCAUCAAGGACCUCUACCAGGACGUCCUGUGCAUCACCGUGUUCGAGAAGGACCAGUUCUCACCUGAUGAUUUCCUGGGUCGGACUGAAGUUCCCGUGGCGACUAUAAAGAAAGAGAUGGAGAGCAAAGGUGCUGCGAACCGACGCCUGCUGCUACACGAAGUGCCCACCGGAGAAGUCUGGGUCAAACUAGACUUGCAGCUUUACGAGCCGAGCAAAUGAGGACAACGCACAGCUGAACACUCCCUCGAGCACAGACUCUCUUUUUAAAGUGAUGAUCAGAAGUCCUUUCAAUAUGAAGAUACAGUUAAAGAGCCUAAAAGGGGGCCUGUUUGGGGCAGUGAAAACAACCACCACUGCCUUGUUUUGGUCUGAGCCACCAGGACCCACCUAACCUACGUCAAACAGAUAGGUGAAUGAAACCUUUGCCUAAAUGAAAAAAUGAAAACAAUGGAGAUGUGUCUUCAGAGGUAGCAAUUUAUUGUGGUAAAGGGAAUUCUUACUACAAACAGAACUGCAGAAAAUGCGAUUUUAAUUUGCCAAUACUUGAAUGUUUGACAGAAAUGCCUUAAAAUGUAGGCAGGACGUUUUUGUAUCAUAUAUACAAAUUUGUAUACAAUACCAUUUCACUUUCAAUGAAGGGAUACAGCCUGAAUGUGUCUUCACAUGCCCUGUUAUAAUUACAAAAUGCCAUACACAUACAUUUCGAUGUUGCACACUACUGUAGAAUAUAAUUUCAGAGGUUACCUCAUGGUGUAAGGAAGUACGCCAUUAAUGCUAAAUAAAAUGGCAGGAAUAAAAAACA